AUGAAGUUCACCACUCUCCUCUCGCUUUCUGCAGCCUCUUUGACAGACGCUCACUACACCUUCUCCGACCUUGUAGUCAACGACCAACAAGUCGGUACCGCCUGGCAAUACAUUCGCGAACACACGCGGGGCUACAUGCCAACCAAAGGUACUGACAUCCUCACCAACGACUUCCGCUGCAACCAAGGCGCCUCCUCAGGCGCAAACACGGACGUCUAUGCCGUCAAACCCGGUGACAAAGUCGCGCUGAAGCAAGCCUUUGGUGGAACUGGCAUGAAGCACCCAGGCCCCACCCAGGUCUAUGUCAGCAAAGCCCCUAACGGUGAUGUAAAGAGCUACGAUGGUAGCGGCGACUGGGUCAAAGUCUUUGAGGGCUUGCUUUGCAAGUCUGGUGACGCAAAGGCACUCCAGACGGACGCUUGGUGCAUGUGGGGCGAGGACCGCAUCGAGUUCACCAUGCCGGACACGUUGCCCGCGGGCGAGUACCUCGUUCGCGCUGAACAUAUCGCUAUCCAUGGCGCGCAUGACGGACAGGCAGAGUUCUACUACGCAUGUGCGCAGGUCGAGCUCGACGGAACCACUGCUGCUUCUGUCCCCGAACCUACCGUUCAGAUCCCCGGUGUGUAUCAAGUCGAUGACGCGCCGAUUAACUUCUCGGUUUGGGGAACUUCGACGACGUACCCCGAGAUUCCGGGGCCGGAUGUUGUGGCUGGGGGUCAGGUGAGGGGAAGUACAGAUGGGACGGAUACAACUAUCAAAACGGUUACUGUGGAGAACGCCGGGCUACUUUCACCCUCACCCUCACCUUCACCUUCACCUUCACCUCUCACCGAUUCACCAUACGCUAACUGUCUUUCACUCAACACUUUAUACUUAAUCGGCCAUCACACUUUGAAUAAGACGCGAAGCGCUCAAUGUGCAUCGAGAAAACGUGCUCGAGAUAGAGUUAGGUGA